GCCCAGCUCCCCGGCGCCCGCCCCUCUGGGCGGGGGGAGCGGCAGGCUGGGCCGGCUACCCUAGGUAAACCUGUCUCGUUGGGGCGGGGAGCCGAGCUUCCUCCUCGAGGCCCGUGCCGCGCCGCCAGAUUUGUUCUUCCGCCCCUGCCUCCGCGAUUCGGAGGCUAGCGGAAGGUGCCCCGGGGCCGAGGACCGUGACGGGGCGGGCGGGAGCCGCGGCCGUCCGGGGUGGCCGGCGCGGGCCAUGUCGCUGCCGGGAGACCCGCUGCAGGCCCCGCUGCCCCCGGCCAUCCCCGCGGGGCCGCUCCCUCCUCCGGCCGGCGCGACCCUCAACCGCCUGCGGGAGCCGCUGCUGCGGAGGCUCAGCGAGCGCCUGGACCGGGCGCCCGAGGGCCGGGGCUGGAGGCGGCUGGCGGAGCUGGCGGGGAGUCGCGGGCGCCUCCGCCUCAGCUGCCUAGACCUGGAGCAGUGUUCUCUUAAGGUUCUGGAGCCUGAAGGAAGCCCCAGCCUGUGUCUACUGAAGUUAAUGGGUGAAAAAGGUUGCACGGUCACAGAACUGAGUGAAUUCCUGCAGGCUAUGGCACAUACUGAUGUUCUUCAGCUUCUCAGCCCCCCAGGCAUAAAGAUUACUAUAAACCCAGAGUCAAAGGCAGUCUUGGCUGGACAGUUUGUGAAACUGUGUUGCCGGGCAACUGGACAUCCUUUUGUACAAUAUCAGUGGUUCAAAAUGAAUAAAGAGAUUCCGGAUGGAAAUACAUCAGAACUUAUUUUUAAUGCAGUGCAUGUCAAAGAUGCGGGCUUUUAUGUCUGUCGAGUUAAUAACAAUUUCACCUUUGAAUUCAGCCAGUGGUCACAGUUGGAUGUUUGUGAUGUUCCAGAAAGCUUCCAGAGAAGUGUUGAUGGCGUCUCUGAAUCCAAGUUGCAAAUCUGUGUUGAACCAACUUCCCAAAAGCUGAUGCCAGGCAGCACAUUGGUUUUACAGUGUGUUGCUGUUGGAAGCCCUAUUCCUCACUACCAGUGGUUCAAAAAUGAAUUACCAUUAACACAUGAGACCAAAAAGCUAUACAUGGUGCCUUAUGUGGAUUUGGAACACCAAGGAACCUACUGGUGUCAUGUAUAUAAUGAUCGAGAGAGUCAAGAUAGCAAGAAGGUAGAAAUCAUCAUAGGAAGAACAAAUGAGGCAGUGGAGUGCACUGAAGAUGAAUUAAAUAAUCUUGGUCAUCCUGAUAAUAAAGAGCAAACAACUGACCAGCCUUUGGCAAAGGACAAGGUUGCCCUUUUGAUAGGAAAUAUGAAUUACUGGGAGCACCCCAAGCUCAAAGCUCCUUUGGUGGAUGUGUAUGAAUUAACUAACUUACUGAGACAACUGGACUUCAAAGUCGUUUCACUGUUAGAUCUUACUGAAUAUGAGAUGCGUAAUGCCGUGGAUGAGUUUUUACUCCUUUUAGACAAAGGAGUAUAUGGGUUGUUGUAUUAUGCAGGACAUGGUUAUGAAAAUUUUGGGAACAGUUUCAUGGUCCCUGUUGAUGCUCCAAAUCCAUAUAGGUCUGAAAAUUGUCUGUGUGUGCAAAAUAUACUAAAAUUGAUGCAAGAAAAAGAAACUGGACUUAAUGUGUUCUUGUUGGAUAUGUGUAGGAAAAGAAAUGACUACGAUGAUACUAUUCCAAUCUUGGAUGCACUAAAAGUCACUGCCAAUAUUGUGUUUGGAUAUGCCACGUGUCAAGGAGCAGAAGCUUUUGAAAUCCAGCAUUCUGGAUUGGCAAAUGGAAUCUUUAUGAAAUUUUUAAAAGAUAGAUUAUUAGAAGAGAAGAAAAUUACCGUGUUACUGGAUGAAGUUGCAGAAGAUAUGGGUAAGUGUCACCUUACCAAAGGCAAACAGGCUCUAGAGAUUCGAAGUAGUUUAUCUGAGAAGAGAGCACUUACUGAUCCAAUACAGGGAACAGAAUAUUCUGCAGAAUCUCUGGUGCGGAAUCUACAGUGGGCCAAGGCUCAUGAACUUCCAGAAAGUAUGUGUCUUAAGUUUGACUGUGGUGUUCAGAUUCAAUUAGGAUUUGCAGCUGAGUUUUCCAAUGUCAUGAUAAUCUAUACAAGUAUAGUUUACAGACCACCGGAGAUAAUAAUGUGUGAUGCCUACGUUACUGAUUUCCCACUUGACCUAGAUAUUGAUCCAAAAGAUGCAAAUAAAGGCACUCCUGAAGAAACUGGCAGCUACUUGGUAUCAAAGGAUCUUCCCAAGCAUUGCCUGUAUACCAGACUCAGUUCACUGCAAAAAUUAAAGGAACAUCUAGUCUUCACAGUAUGUUUAUCGUAUCAGUACUCAGGAUUGGAAGAUACUGUAGAGGACAAGCAGGAGGUGAAUGUUGGGAAACCUCUCAUUGCUAAAUUAGACAUGCAUCGAGGUUUGGGAAGGAAGACUUGCUUUCAAACUUGUCUUAUGUCUAAUGGUCCUUACCAGAGUUCUGCCACCACCUCAGGAGGAGCAGGGCAUUAUCACUCAUUGCAAGACCCAUUCCAUGGUGUUUACCAUUCACAUCCUGGUAAUCCAAGUAAUGUUACGCCAGCAGAUAGCUGUCACUGCAGCCGGACUCCAGAUGCAUUUAUUUCAAGUUUUGCUCACCAUUCUGCAUGUCAUUUUAGUAGAAGUAAUGUGCCAGUAGAGACAACUGAUGAAAUACCAUUUAGUUUCUCUGACAGGCUCAGAAUUUCUGAAAAAUGACCUCAUUUUUGAAGGUUUACAUAAUUAUAGAUGCCUCAUGUGAAAUAGUACUGUACUUACAUAAAGUGAGACAUUGUGAAAAGGCAAAUCUGUAUAUGUAGAGAAAGAAUAGUAGAAACUGUUUCAUAGCAAACUUCAGGACUUUGAGAUGUUGGAAUUAUUUAAUCACAGACUUCCUCUUCUAAGAUUUUGUGAAUGGGUUGAUUAGUUCUGUACAAUUGAAGUAUGGGGGUAUGUUUAUAUGUAUAUACAAAAUAUUUUCAUUGUGACCACUGUGAAGUAAGAGCAAUGGGAAUAGCAUUAUUGUAGAAUAAGUCAUUGUAUUUUUAAUACCAAAAAGAACCUUGCUGAUCACCAGGCAUAACCUAAUUUCUUCAAUGGGAGAAGCACAUAAAGGCAUUUUAUCUAAGUUAGAGCAGGCACCAGAAUUCUAUUCCACUGUUUCCACUACACACUGCCUUCCUGACAGCUUCUGAGAUAAGUGUUAUUUCUGUAGAUAGAGUGAAAUAUAUUUAUAUAUAUAUAUAUAUAUAUAAGUACAGAGAGAUACAUAUCUAUGUAUUAAGGAAUGUACAAACUUUAGUUUUGGAUUAUAGGAGUUUGCUGCAAGUUUUACUUAAGAGGUUUGUAUAUAAAUCUGAUGUAGAACAGGCUGAAAUUUCUUGUUCAUAAGAUUAUGAAACCACAUGAGAAAUAACAAAAUGUUUGUUAAAGCUAGAUCUAGCAGAGGUUAAGAAUCAAGAUAUAAUGGUUAAUUUUCAUAGCAGCCUCGCUGAAUUUUCCAGAUAUUUAGCAUCUUCCUUGAUAAUAUGUGUUUUCUUCUUGAAAUUUACUGGCCUAAUGAGAUAAUAUUCUUAUCAUUUCUGGUUUUCCCGAAAAGUUGGUUAAAAAUACAAUUGGCACUAACAAGGAAAAAUACUGAAUUUGUAAUGUUAGAAGUCUCACAAAGAAAAUCCCAGGCCUAGAUGGCUUCCCUGCUGAAUUCUACCAAACAUUAAAAUUAGUACUAAUUUUUUUUUUUACAAAGUCUUUCUAAAGUAGAACACUUCCCAACUUAUUCUCUGAGAUCAGUAUUACCCUGAUACCAGACUAGACAUCACAAGAAAACUAUAAGCCAAUAUUCCUUAUUAAUACAAACAUAAAAACAUUAACAAAAUACUAGCAAACUGAAUCUAGCAACAUAUAAAAAGGAUUAUACAUCAUGACCAAGUGGAAUUUAUCCCAGGAAUUCAAGGUUGGUUCAACAUGUAAAAAAAAUAAUAAUAAUAAGCUAAUAUACAGUCAGUUCUCAUUCACAGUAAUUAUGUUCUACAAAAUAUUCUCCAACACUGAAUUAAAUAUGGAAUGACUGCUUUUAGGAGAAUGUGUGUUUGUGUGUGUAUACAUAUGCUUAUGUAAUGCAAAUUAUGAGCUUGAAUUCUUAAAAUGCUUCAUUCUAGCAGAUUCUGUUUUACAGAAGUCACAGUGAGGUAUCAGAAGUGUUAAGUGACAUACCUGACACACCCCACUAAAACAUGUGCCAGAACUGAAAUUCAAACCCUGUCCAGCUGACCCCGGAACCAGAGCUUCUUAUGCUACACUGAAUUACCCCUGCCAUUUCCAUCCUCCAGUUAUUUCUCUAUGAGGCUGAAACAGGAAGGCAGAGCAUCAUCUUGUUCAUCCUCAGCUGGGAACGUGUGAAUUGAGUGACUCAAUUUUUUCACCUAUUUACACAUAUCCACAAAUGACCACAAAAGUGUCACAAAUAUCAAUUUGAGGGUUAUAAAUAAAUUUAAGCAAGUUGGUAAAUUGACGAAUACAUAACCGUGAAUAAUGAGGAUCAACUGUACCAAAUUUAAUCAAGCACAAACCCCACAUAGAUUGUCUUAAGAGAGACAGAAACAGCACUGGAUAAAAUCCAAAACCCUUUCAAGAUAAAAACACUCAACAAACUAGGAAUAAAAGGAAUCUUCCUAGAUAUGAUAAAUACAACAUCUAUGAAAAGCCCACACCUAACAUCAUACUUCAUGGUGAUAGACUAAACGCUGCAUGUUUUCCCCUUAAGACUGGGAAUAAGAACAAGGAUGCUCACUCACACUACUUCUAUUCAGUAUUGUACUUGAGGUUCUAGCCAGAGCAAUUAGGCAAGAAAAAGAAAAGCUGUCUAUACUGCAAAAGAGGUGAAACUACAUGUAUUCACAGUUCAUAAAUACUUGUACAUAGAAAAUGUUAAGGAACCCAUAAAGUAAUAAAUGAGUUCAACAGGU